AUGCUCAAUGAUGCUGUGGGCCAACUGCUGCUGUACACUAUGCGGAAAAGAAGUGCCGAUGGAGAAACGGACUCCCAAGAAGUCAUUGCCAAUCGGAGAAAGGCACGCGUAUCUGGACGGUUUAGGCAAUCCCUCGAAGCCAAACCUGCCACGACUGCCCCUUCAGCAUUCGCCGGGAUGGCAGGGAUUACCCCUAAUCCCGGUUUCGAUUACGGAGCGGGUGCGUCAGGCCGGCCCGCCAAAAACACGUUUUCUCUGGGCGCGGCACCAACCUCUGCCGCUGCGGGUAACUUUAAGUUUGGGUCAGGUGAACCCGCAGGAGGAGGUUCUACCGGAGUCGCUACGGCUGGGUUCUCCUUUCUGAACAAACCACCGGCGACCACCCUGGCAGCAGCUUUGUCUAAGCCGCCAGUGAUGCCGAAGGCAAGCUCCCCGCCAGUCCCUGGUUCAGCAUCUCCAGACACCGCUUCAUCGACACUGGACAGCGCUCGCUGGGUUGGGGGGGCAUUUGGCGAGGGCAAAACUGCUGUGCAAGGCGCCCGCUUGAACAAACGAUUCUUGAGCUGGGUAUCCAACCAUCUCGCUGAGGGCGAGUUGUUCCUGGACAGCGGCAUGAGGGAGUAUGCGGCCUGCGCUGCCGAAAUUCGUGAUCGUGCCAACCACGCUGAGGCCGGAGCGGUGUCAACUACGGCGUUCCUUCACCCGCGUGGGUCUGCUGCGGCUGUACCUCCGCCUCAAACCGUGCAGAAACCCUCGGAGGAUUCAAUAUCUAUGGCAGCUGAAGCGAGCGUUUCAACCGCCACCCCUUCCGUCACAGCCCCUGCUUCGGCGCCGGCUCCUGAUGUGAAGUCAACGCCGGCCUUUUCCUUUUCAGCGCCGUCAGCUCUUCCGGCAGCUCCAUCUGGGCAGCGGUUUUCUUUUACAGUUCCUUCAGCCCCUGCUCCCGGUUCUACCCCUGGAGCACUAACAUCCGUCGCCCCGCCAGCGACAUCACCACUGGGUGGAUUCAAGUUUGACGGCGGGGGAUUGGGUGCCGUUGGCUCAUCUGCUGGUGCCUUCAACGGCUUCAAAGUACCUUCCGGAGUAGCAAUCCCACCACCGGUAGCUGCGGGGAGCUCUGCGGCCGACGCAGAAGAGGACGGGAUGCCAAAGGAAGACCCGUCAAAGCUGGAGAGAGCACCCGGAGAAGAGAACGAAGAGGUAGUAGGGACUUUCCGGGCGAAGCUUUUCCGCUUCAAGAUGGAAGACAAGACAUGGGGCGACAUGGGAGUGGGGAUGUUGCGUCUGAUGAAGCAUACGACUAAUGAUUCCCGGCGACUUGUUCUCCGAAACGAUAUGGGCAAGGUGCUUCUCAACGCAGCAGUGUACAAAGGAAUGUCGGUGACCAGGGCAAAGAAGAUGAUCAAGUUCGCGGCCAAUGUCGGUGAUGGGCUUACAUCUUUUAUGGUGAAGGUUACCGCUGACGAAGUUGACGAUCUCCACACCCGCGUGGUGGGGCUGGUGCCUCGGUCAUGAAGUAUGAAGUGACUGUCCUUUCCUUGAGGGUGCAUGAGAGUGUACCGUGAUAGACUGGCUCCUAGUCACAGGUGCGGGUGGUUUUAUUUGUGGUACUUUAUGUAGCUGUGAGACGUCAAAGGAACGUAAAAUCCUUGGAGAUAAGUUAGAGACGGGUGUGAAGCCAUUGGAAGGGAAGGUUUGCUCCAGGUGUGGCUAUUUAGUGGUUUGGUGCUUUUUUUCUUGAUGCGCCUUGGUGAUUUUGUGUUGGUGCUUGGGCCUCAAAGACACCUGUCACAGCAGCAUAGUACUAAGUAUCGGACCGUGCACUCACGCAGCUGUUCAAGCGUCGAUGAGUCACGAUAGCCAUGCUGCCGGCUGCCUUUGUUGCGACUACAAUACAAUGUCCAAUCCAAAGACUCGCAUGAUAGUACUUGCUCUGGGAGACUUCAAGGCAUGUAGAUGACAGUAAAUGUGGCGUGGACCUCUCCACGCGCCUGAGC